UUCAGCAUCUGUCCCAGCACAGGAAUGAUCUCAAUUUUGGUCACCGUGGGCUUUCUCUGCACAGCCACUGCCAUUGCUGAAGUAAUGGAAGUGACUCAGCCAGCAAUGGUGCUGGCCAACAGGCAAGGAGUCGCCAGCUUGGUGUGUAAAUACAAGAACAUCGGGAAUGCAAAGGAAAUUCGAGUGACUUUGCUUAAACAGACUGGUGACCAGUUCACAGAAAUCUGUGCUUCAUCAUACACCAUGGAGUUUAAAACAUUCUCUGUGGAAGAGGUCAUUCAGUGCCACGUUACCCCUGGCCAAAACAAUGUGACCCUCACCCUGGCUGGCCUGCAAGCGAAUGACACCGGGCUUUACAUUUGCAAAAUGGAGCGGAUGUACCCCCCACCCUAUUUUAUGAACAAGGGAAAUGGGACACACCUAUAUGUCAUUGAUCCAGAACCUUGUCCAGACACUGCCAUAUAUCUCUGGGUAUUAGGAGCUACUGCCUCGGGAUUUUUCCUUUACAGUAUCAUCAUCUCAGCCAUUCUUGUGGGCAAAGCGAUAAAGAGAAGACAAUGUCUCACAACUGGAGUCUAUGUGAAAAUGCCUUCUGAAAAGCUAGAGAAAAAAGUGAUUCCAUUCCACAUCACUGUUAACUGA